CCGCCCGUUGCCCUGGCAACCGUCGUGCCGCGUCUUCCUGAGGGAGUUCCUGUCAGCCCGCGGAUCCCAUCGCCCGCUCUCCAUUGCCCGGCGAUUUUCGCGUGGGCUCAGAGGCAGAGGGACAACAAAAAAUGGCGGAGCGGAGCCAGACGGCGCCUGAGGCAGGCAAUGAUAUGGGAAAUGAUGAUGCCAUCGGAGGGAACGUGAGCAAAUAUAUGGUGCUUCCAACUGGAUACUGUGGACAGCCCAAGAAAGGACAUCUUAUCUUUGAUGCUUGCUUUGAAAGUGGUAACCUUGGACGGGUGGACCAGGUCUCUGAAUUUGAGUAUGAUUUGUUCAUUAGGCCAGAUACUUGUAAUCCACGCUUCAGAGUCUGGUUCAACUUUACUGUUGAAAACGUGAAAGAAUCACAGAGAGUCAUUUUCAACAUUGUUAACUUCAGCAAAACCAAAAGUCUUUAUAGAGAUGGGAUGGCCCCUAUGGUGAAAUCUACUAGCAGACCAAAAUGGCAAAGGCUGCCACCUAAAAAUGUUUACUACUACCGCUGCCCAGACCAUAGGAAGAAUUACGUGAUGUCCUUUGCAUUUUGUUUUGACCGAGAAGAAGAUAUUUACCAAUUUGCUUACUGCUACCCAUAUACAUACACUCGCUUUCAGCAUUACCUUGACAGCCUGCAAAAGAGAAACAUGGAUUACUUCUUUCGGGAGCAGCUGGGUCAGAGCGUGCAACAGCGGCAGCUUGACCUCCUGACAAUAACCAGCCCCGACAACCUUCGAGAAGGGGCGGAGCAGAAGGUGGUAUUCAUCACGGGGCGAGUCCACCCGGGGGAAACACCCUCUUCAUUUGUGUGUCAAGGGAUCAUUGACUUCCUCAUAAGCCAGCACCCUGUUGCUCGUGUCCUCCGGGAACACCUGGUCUUCAAGAUUGCACCAAUGCUCAACCCUGAUGGAGUCUACCUGGGCAAUUACAGAUGCUCUCUGAUGGGGUUCGACCUGAAUCGUCACUGGCUGGAUCCCUCUCCGUGGGCCCACCCUACCCUGCACGGGGUGAAACAGCUCAUCAUCCAGAUGUACAACGACCCAAAAACAAGCCUGGAGUUUUACAUUGACAUCCACGCCCACUCCACCAUGAUGAACGGCUUCAUGUACGGCAACAUCUUUGAGGAUGAGGAGCGGUUCCAGAGACAGGCCGUCUUCCCCAAGCUCCUCUGCCAGAAUGCCGAGGACUUCUCCUACUCCAGCACGUCCUUUAACAGGGAUGCUGUGAAGGCAGGAACUGGCCGUCGCUUCCUGGGUGGGCUGCUGGACCACACCUCCUACUGCUACACCCUGGAGGUUUCCUUCUACAGCUACAUCAUCGGUGGCACCACGGCUGCUGUGCCCUACACAGAGGAAGCCUAUAUGAAGCUGGGGCGGAACGUGGCGAGAACGUUUCUGGAUUAUUACCGGCUGAACCCUGUGGUGGAGAAAGUGGCGAUCCCCAUGCCAAGACUGCGGAAAGAAAAACCCCCUCCCUACAAGCACCCAUUCCUGCGGGGCCCGGCCAGCAACUACCCCAACGGCAAAGGGGACAAGAAGAGCUCCAUGAACCAUAAAGACCCUUCACACUCUUUUUAAGGACAUGGAGUCCAGGGAGGUCUUGUGGUGACAGGAGCAUGCAUUUUCUGCUGAGGCAUGAAAUUAAUCACCCUUCUCUAGUCUCCAAGAUAAGGGUUGUGAGAUAAUGAAUAAGCUAGUGAAAAGGAAGGGGAAAAAAUGAGAAAUCUCACCAUUGAUUUUCCCUUUUACCAAUGGAAAAUCGAUCGUGAGCCUUCAGCUUAAGGAACAAAACAGAAGACUUAAACCAGACGAGUACAGAUACUAUUCUCCUGAACACAGACAUCCUCACAGGCAAAGAAAAGCCACAUCCUUUUUGAGAGGUUGACACUUCUCAGGUCAGUGCUUUCCAGCCCCUCUACUGCUUUAAGUUGUACAGUUACUACAGAUGGUUACCUUUUAGAAUAGGCGAGUUGUUUAUAGUUUUAGAAAUGCAGUUUCCGCAUUUGCUGAUCCAAACAUCAGCAACACAGAUAACCCAAAGACAAAUGCACUGUUGGGAACAACGGGACAGGAUUUUUGAGAUCAUGGUGGUCUUAGACAGACAGUCGCUUUAUCUAUGAGCUGCAUGCUUCCUGACUCUCCAAACCCCAGCAUGCAACCUCAGAAAACUGCUCUGAGAGUUCUUUUCCAACAACCUGGGUAGUUUAAUUUAAAACUUUAGCUCUUAAAGCAAAAAGUGCUGGCUGCACAUUCCAAAAGCUCUCUCAUAGUUAAGAUCUCUAGAUCCUGGUGUCUGAGAUCAAACCUGACCACCAAAGAGGUGGGCAUGGAAAAUCUGCAAUUGGAGAUGGGGUGGGGGUUGGGGGAGGCUGCCUGCCAGGCACAGAAGAUGCAAAAGACACAGGGAUGCACUCCAAGGCAGGUGGGGAUGAUCAAAUAAAACAGCGGCAGUGGCAAUUCCCAAAGUGGGGCAAGCUCGAUAUUGUGCAUUUUUCUACAGAGUAAAGUGCCUCUGCAUGAUGAAUGGGUCCGAGGGAGUCAGCUCCCCUCCUGUCUGUGAAGCAGCAGGCUGAGUCACCAUGACAGCCUGCUAAUUAAAAUGACCUCCCGGAAAUGAGGAUUAGGAACUAGGGAGAGGGAGGGAGACUCAAGGGAGAUAGGGCCUUGAGCACAAAGCUUCGGUUUAGCAUCCUUUUGCUUUGGGUUGAAGAUUUUCAAAGUCAGUUGCAAAAAUUGAGAGCAAAGCUAAUUUUCCCAUUGCUGAUUGGUUUUCAGAAAUGAUAACAAAGAACCAUAAGUUGGCUACAAACGUUGUGUUGUCAAUACAGCUUCUCCCCUGGGCUCUUGUUGCCCAGAGGAACACAAAUAAAGAGCUUCAUGCAGCUUCUCUGUUCCUCUGAGCGU